AUGUUCCACACUUCCACCAUGCUUCGGUUGGGUGCUACUCUCUACCUUCUCCUAUCCCUCAAUGCGGUUCCAUCGACGGCGGAAGACCUCCAGGAAACGCGAGAGACGGCGGAUACAGGGUCUCCCCGACACCUCUCAUCCACGUCCACACAUCCAGAGCCUGGCCUUCCCGCUGACGCCCGGCCAGACCCUGUGUUCCUAACCUCUGGAGAGAUUGACCCGGUCCACCCCUUGGUGGUGCACCUCCCUCGGCAUUCGAUGCCCUCCGAGGACGCCGACGGACAUGCAGCGUUUGGGGAAUACGAGGACACGCACGACAGCGCUGAGGGGAUUUCUCCCUCAAACAGUGGGCUGGAGGAGGCCAGUGGCGGGGGGGCUGAAGACAAUGAGCCCCCUGCUAGGCCCCACGAGAGCACCGAGGUCCAGCCGCUGUGGUCCGUUCCUCGGCCCGGCUCAGGGACGACACACACCUCAGCCGUGGACCUGGCCCCUGCGACGCAGGACAGAGGGAGAGUGGACCAGUCGGUCUCUGCACAGGACGGGCCCGUGGACAGCCAGAAGACCGAGCCAACGACCAAUGAGGACGGUUUAACAGGAUGCCCGUUAGAUAGAGGGAACAACAGCAGGCCACAGAAGGUGGAAGAUUCCCUUGAUGAAGACCAGGACUCGGACAUCAGUGCUACACUGCCUCAUCCAGAUUGUAACAGUGACCCUACAGAUGAGUCAAUGCCAGAAACCAGAAACCAAUCCUGCACUCCUGUUUACCCAGAAGACUUCAAAUCGGACAAAUCCCCGAAUCCCUUUCAUUUUCCUAGCCCGCCGUUUCUCAUCCCUCUGUACUCUGAUUGGAAUUCUGCCAUGGCUACGUGGGGCGUGGCUUGGGAAGCACACAUCUACGGUGUGGGAUCAAUCUUCGCCAUGUCCGGCUUCAUAUCCGUCGUGUGUUUGUUGGGUUUACCCCUGCGUUGUCCCAUGGGAAGCCCCUAUUUCACUUUGCUGCAUCUGCUCCUCCUGGCAUUCGGAGGGAUCCGGGCUUUCUCUCUGCUCUACGACGCCUACAGUCACCAGGAGCGCCUCCCUCCCCUGGCCUCCCUCCUCCUCUCUGAGCUCUCCUUCCCCUGCCUGGCCUCAGCCUUCUCCCUGGCCUUCAUCCUCCUCUCCCUGCGCUCGCGCAUGCACUCGUCUCUCCGUCGAUCUCUCAGCCCCGUCUCCUGCCCGCUCUCCCCCUCGCCCUGCCUGCUCCUGUGUCUGUCCUUCUUCCAUGGGAUGGUCUCGCUGGGCUGUGUGGGUCUCCUCCAGCUCCUUCCCUCCUUCCCUGCCCUGCUCCUCCUACCCCGAGGCCUGUUCGUGUGCCUCUCUGUCCUGCUCCCGUUCUCCUACCUCAUCUUCUACUGCUUGGCCCGAGCCCAAACCAAACACAUCUUCCGACUGGGUGACAACGCAGAGGGAGGGGGUUCCCCGGAGGUCCUGCGGCCUACAAAGUGCCCGUUUGCUGAGGUGGAAGACUGGGCCAGGGCGGCUGGUGUCGGCAUAGCGGCGUCACUGUGUCUGCUGGCUUGCGGAGGUCUUCAGCUCUAUGGCCUCCUGCACUACCUGGGCCUGGGAGGAGUGGGCUCCUAUGUCUUCGAGGCCUGGCCCUGGUGGAGCUACCAGCUGAGCUGCCGGCUGUGUGAGGUGGCCGUGUGUCUGGGCCUGGCUCUCAUCGGUGCAUACCCGCUGUUCUGUGGCACCCGCUCUCCCGUCAAGUCGAAGGCUCCACUUCGGCCGGGAUCGUGGUCCCAGCUGCCGAGCGACUCCCCUUCAGGCGGCCCAGCCGUCCUGGCGUCUCUGGGAGAAGGCAAGUCCGUCGCCCUCUCCCCUCACUUCCUCUGGUCCCAGGGUACGCAGGAAAAGCUAGUGGUGUGUGAGAUUACCUCCAAUGGGCAGUCCGAGGCCCUGCCACUCUGCCCACUCGUGGACCCUUUAAGUAGAAUCAGCACCUUGGAAUCUACAUCUGUGCUGCCGCGACCUGCAGCCCCGUCACCCCCACGCAGAACACAAGCUGCCGAUUACAAGUUGUCCUCCCUGGAUAGUCUCGGCCUGGACGCUGACUCUACGGGGGACCUGCGUCCUCCUUCUCCCAUAGACUUGUCUCGCAGCAUUGACCAGGCCUUAUUCAGCGACGCCCUGUUCUCCCGCAGUAUAUUUGGACCUCCAAGGCUACCCAAUGCCUCCUCCAGCCUGUCCUUAAACUCUCCUGUUAAACCACCGCUAGGCUACAGCUAUGAAGACAGUGGCCUUUACCGUACAACUUCCUGUGGUGACGCGGAUCACGAGAGUCCUCUAUCUAAGUCGCAGCUACCUGACACUCCGUCGCAUCAAAACAUGCCCUCAACAUUGCCGGAGCCAUUGAAUCGGACGGGAAGUACCCCUGGUGCUUUCGACCAGGCUUCCAUAGGGGGUUCGUCCCAGGGUCUGUGCAGCGACCCCGGGAAAACCAGGAAGACGCGGGCCUAUCCCUGGGCUAACAGAGGCCACAGCUUCGCCCAUGGCACCCUCCCCAGGGCCAUCCCCCAGCUGCACUAUCACAGGCGGUACCGGACGCUGAGCCUGGCCUCCCAGGGCAGCUGUGGAUCCGGCCGUCUGUUAGGGACUGAGCACCUCAGCAAGAGCCAACAGCUGGAGCGAGAUCUGGAAGUACAGGCGGAAUUUGUCCAUGUCUGCAGACAGAUUGAUUCUCAGAGUGUGUGCAGCGACACCAUUGAACUGUGAAGGUCAGCUUUAGG